AUGGCUAAAGAGUAUGAUUAUGGAGUCUAUCUUUCAUCCAAUGUUGCAGGCGAGAUUGAGGGUGAAAAUGUUGUGUCGGCAGUGGCAGUUUCUUCCGAGCCUCGUUCUUGUAUUGCAAAUAAUAAGUCCGUUAAUUCUAGCAAUAGCAGAAGGGGCACUAAUCGUAGAAGUGAUAUUCACGGUCAGUACUCAGAUUUAUUGAGGCUUUUCGAGUAUGGAGGUUUCCCUCCUGCAGCAAACUACUUAUUCUUAGGAGAUUACGUUGACCGUGGGAAGCAGAGUCUGGAGACUAUUUUUCUUCUGCUUGCCUACAAGAUCAAAUACCCUGAAAACUUUUUUCUUCUAAGAGGAAACCAUGAGUGUGCUUCUAUUAACAGAAUCUACGGAUUCUAUGACGAGUGUAAACGAAGAUUCAACAUGAAGCUCUGGAAACUAUUUACAUACACUUUUAACUGUCUCCCUGUGGCAGCUGUCAUAGACGAAAAGAUACUUUGUAUGCACGGUGGACUGUCUCCCGAUUUGACCAAUGUGGAACAGAUUAAGAACAUAGAGCGUCCAAGUGAUAUUCCAGACUCUGGUUUGCUUUGUGACCUUCUUUGGUCUUGGGAUCUGAGAUAA